AAAAAAAAAACAAAAAAAAAACAAAAAAUGGAUAUGAGGAAAAACAAAAGCAACACUGAGCGAAGGACAAAGAUGACUCCAACAUCAUCCAAGGACCGUCACCGUCGCAUCCGGCUUCCGGUGACCUGUGCUGCUCAAGUUUUCCAGCUGACACAAGAGCUAGGCUUCAAGACUGACGGCGCAACCGUAGGUUGGCUCCUUCGUAAUGCCGAGCCAGCCAUCUUGGCCGCCACGGGCCACGGCCUUGACACCACCUCUAAUGACACCCCGAGUGAUUUUAACCACUCAUAUAUGAAUAGUUAUAAUUUCCAUGGUAAUCAUAUCUUUUACAAUUCUCCUAUCGAUAACUCUGUUCAUUAUGCGGACACAAGUGGUCUUGUUAGCCAUCCCCGUGAGAACAUUACUGGUCAUCAGUUUCCGGGCGCUUCAACCAGUUUUCCAGACUUGAUGGUGAAUCACUAUAGGCCUGGCCAUGGUAUGUUACGCCCCUCAGUGCCUCAGCCGCAACCGCAGCAGCAACCACUGUCUGAUGACUUUGAUGAGGUGGAGACGGUGAUGGGUGAGCAAGGCUAUUACCAGCCUCGAGAGUGAUGAUUGGCGUUAGAGAUGUUUUAUAUUGUUCAACUUGGUUUGGUUUUAUUUUGGUUGCUAUUUGCAUUUUUUUUUUCGAGUUUAAGAUGAAUAAAUUGUAACCAAACCGGCCAGUUUUGACUUCUUUUGGAUUCAGUUCAAUUUCAAAGUUUCA